CACCCCGAAAGGAAAUCCUCCAAUAGUUCUACCCAUCAAGAUAUUGCAGAACUUUCUUCGCUGGUCUCCCUCUGGCCCUUCCUCUAAACCCGAAAGGCGAGAAGGGACAGGACCCCACCUCACCUCAUUUGCUGGCCACCGGCUCUCCCUCAUACUUGUACUAAGCUUUUCGCUGCUGCAUAAUUCCGACUUCUUAACCCGCAUACACAUACGGUAAUUCCUAGUAUACAGCCCGCCGAGCCUCCCGCUCCCUGUCUCCAUCCGUCCAUCUAGUCUACCCACCCAUCCCUCCUUCUCAUCCCUAUCCACAACUUCCCCGUACCUCAGCUUCUCUGCACUGUAAACACCUGCUAGCGGCUCUAUCGCCAAACCUCAACAACUACUCACCCAAACUCGUUCACCGAAUCAUUCGCUUUUACUCCUUGCCAGUUGUCCCAUGCUCUCCGCUCCACGGGGAAUUGCGUCAUGAGCACUCCAGUGAAUUAUCUUAUCCCCCGCCAGAAGGACGAGCUCCAUAAAGCGAUUUUGGCGUACUUUUCCGCUUCUGGGCUCUCGAAUACAGGUGCCGCGCUGAGAGAGGAGCUCGGUGUUGGCGAUGAAUUUCUAGAUCAAAACACGAUGAAGAAGUACGAAGGCGUGUUGGAGAAAAAAUGGACAGGUGUGCUUAGAUUGCAGAAAAAGAUAAUGGAACUUGAGAGCCGAUUGUCCUCCUUACAAUCAGAAUUGGAUUCAGCAACCCCUACCUCGCUCACCCGUCGCAACGUCGAUCCUUCAUCUUGGCUGCCGCGGGCUCCUGCGAAACAUGUCCUCACUAGUCAUCGAAACUCCAUCAAUUCCGUCGCCUUCCACCCAAUUUUCUCGGUACUAGCCUCAGGCUCCGAUGAUACGACCAUCAAGAUUUGGGAUUGGGAGCUUGGAGAGCUGGAGAGAACAGUCAAGGGCCAUACCAAGGCUGUUCUAGACCUUGACUUUGGGGGACCCAAGGCGGGGGUGUUGCUGGUGUCCUGUUCAAGCGACCUCACGAUCAAGCUAUGGGAUCCAAAUAAUGAGUAUAAGAAUAUCAGGACCCUCACAGGCCACGAUCAUUCUGUUAGCGCGGUCAGGUUCAUUCCCAGCGCUGCUGGCGAAUAUCUGGUGUCGGCGAGUAGAGACAAGACAUUAAGAGUUUGGGAAGUUGCAACCGGAUACUGCGUCAAGACAAUAAGCGGACAUUCCGACUGGAUUAGGGAUGUAGAACCCUCUCACGACGGACGAUGGCUACUAUCUGCUGGAGGCGAUCAGACGACACGACUAUGGGAUGCCUCCACCGCCGAACACAAAGCCACAUUUCUAGGUCACGAGCAUGUGGUGAAUUGCUGUGUAUUCGCACCGCCAUCGUCCUAUCCACACCUGGCGACAAUUGCCGGACUUAAAAAGCCACCCCCGGCAACAUCGUCUUCAGAAUUUAUAGCCACCGGGUCUCGCGAUAAGACGAUCAAGCUGUGGGACGCGCGGGGCACGCUCCUGAAAACGCUUGUUGGACACGAUAACUGGAUCCGGGCGUUAGCUUUCCAUCCGGCUGGGAAGUACCUUCUCUCGGUCAGCGACGACAAGACCAUCCGGUGCUGGGACUUGACACAGGACGGUCGAUGUGUGAAAACGGUCGAUGAAGCCCAUUCCCAUUUUGCAACCUGUCUUCGAUGGGCACCAGCGCCUGCCAAGGAGCAGACAAAUGGAGAGGCAAAAACAAACGGAAUUCCAAAGGCGGGAGAAAAGGUUAUCAAUGUCCGUUGCGUGAUAGCUACGGGGAGCGCGGACAUGAACGUUCGGGUAUUUGCUUCGUGAUUCAUGGAGUUGGUUUGGGCUGAAUGCGGGCGUCAAAAGCAGGCGGAAGGGAUGUCUGAUUACAGCUCCACUGUUUUUUUCUUGUUUUUCUUUCUUUCUUAACCGCAACCUAGUCCUUCUUUCUUGUUACGGAGUUUACCCAUGAAUAGUUUCCUUUGUAUCAUCUUUCACCUCUCUCCCCCCGAGCAUUGCUUCGGUCUGCUCUUCAUACCUUUUGUGGUAGCUACCCUAAAUUCCUCCCCUUCUCUCUUGCUCCCUGCAUAUCAUUGUGUUUUUCCCGGUGGCAAUGCCAUGUAGAUUCGGGCAUAAUUAUCCAUAGUUUAGUCUCCAGUGCUGUAUUUCUUCCCUACCUAAUUAUCUUACUCAGGAGUUUUUUUUCUUUUUCUUUUUCUUUUUUCUGUAGAUGGAUUUAUAAGGUAUUUUCCUUACAUCAUACCCGUACCAUUUACCCUUUCCCUUUCCACCCUCAUCCUCAUCUCCUGAGGUGCGAUGGCGAUGCGGUAUGGUAGUCUAUUUUUUUAUUUUAUUUUUUUCCUAUUUAUUCUGCCGCGUGGUCGUGCUUUUAUUUUCUUCUCUUUCAUAUCUCAAGGAAAAAAAAGGAAAAAAAAUAGGUCAAAACGGUAUGGUAUUAUACCUUAUGGGAACGAAUGGACGGACAGAUUAGACUCUUUAAGCCUGCCAACUUAAAAACAAUCUCAUACUGUAUCAUUAUUAUAAA